AUGACAGUCAAAGAUACAGAAGAUAAAACAGUCAGAGAUACUGUGGGUGUGCCCAAGAGUGGACACCCUCUAAAACCAGUGCCAGAACCCACAGAAAUUCACUUCCUAUUGGAAAUGAAGAAGUUAGAGACAUUUGCCAUUUUGAUGAACUCAGGGGCUAUGAAGGCUUCCAACAACACAGAAGCCCCAAUGAGGAGCCGGCGCCGUCUAAAACGGCGUCUGGAAGGGGGCGUCCCCGACUCAGCUCCUCCAGGUGGCGCGGGGGAUCCCGCCUCGCUCCCUGUCGCGCGCCGGGCUCGGCGGCAUGUGGAAAAGCCAUUAGGAAUCUGGGGUUCCGGCUUCCAGUCGUCGCGCCGGGAGAAGUACGGCAAUGUUUUCAAGACACACUUGCUGGGGCGGCCGCUAAUCCGCGUGACCGGUGCGGAGAACGUGCGCAAGAUCCUCCUGGGAGAACACCAGCUAGUGAGCACCGAAUGGCCACGGAGCGCACGCGUGCUGCUGGGCCCCAACACGGUGGCCAAUUCCAUUGGCGACAUCCACCGCAACAAGCGCAAGGUUUUCUCCAAGAUCUUCAGCCAUGAGGCGCUAGAGAGCUACCUGCCCAAGAUCCAGCUGGUGAUCCAGGACACACUUCGGGCCUGGAGCAGCCAGCCUGAGGCCAUCAAUGUGUAUCAGGAGGCCCAGCGACUUACCUUCCGAAUGGCUGUGCGUGUGCUGCUGGGCUUCAGCAUUCCUGAGGAGGACCUGGGCCACCUCUUUGAGGUGUACCAGCAGUUUGUAGAGAAUGUCUUCUCUCUUCCCGUGGACCUUCCCUUCAGUGGCUACCGAAGGGGCAUUCAAGCUCGGCAGAUCCUUCAAAAGGGCCUUGAGAAGGCUAUCCGAGAGAAGCUGCAGUGUACCCAGGGCAAGGACUACUCAGAUGCCCUGGACAUUCUCAUUGAGAGCAGCAAGGAACAUGGCAAGGAGAUGACCAUGCAGGAGCUGAAGGAUGGUACCCUGGAACUGAUCUUCGCAGCCUAUGCCACCACAGCCAGUGCCAGCACAUCUUUGAUUAUGCAGCUGCUGAAACACCCUGCAGUGCUGGAGAAGCUGAGGGAGGAACUUCGGGCCCAGGGCCUGCUGCAUGGUGGUGGCUGUCCUUGUGAGGGUACCUUGCGCCUGGACACACUUAGCAGCCUGAAAUACCUGGACUGCGUUAUCAAGGAAGUCAUGAGGCUCUUCACACCUAUCUCUGGUGGCUACCGUACUGUGCUGCAGACCUUCGAACUGGAUGGUUUCCAGAUCCCUAAAGGUUGGAGUGUCAUGUAUAGCAUCCGAGACACCCACGACACAGCACCCGUGUUCAAGGAUGUGAACGUGUUUGACCCUGACCGCUUCAGCCAGGCUCGCAGUGAGGAUAAGGAUGGCCGCUUCCAUUACCUCCCAUUUGGCGGUGGCGUGCGGACCUGUCUGGGCAAGCACCUGGCCAAGCUGUUCCUGAAGGUGCUGGCGGGGGAGCUGGCCCCCCCCAGCCGCUUCGAGCUGGCCACCCGGACCUUCCCUCGCAUCACACUAGUCCCUGUCUUGCACCCUGUGGAUGGCCUCAGUGUCAAGUUCUUUGGUUUGGACUCCAAUCAGAAUGAGAUUUUGCCUGAGACAGAGGCCAUGCUGAGUGCUACAGUGUAGCCUCAUUCUGGUCUCAGCCCAGCCCAGUGGAGGGGUGGGGGACAGAGACAGAAACCUGUGGGGUGGGGAGGGACUGGAUCGGAGGCCAGCAGCCCCCCUAUGUAGUCCUCUAGCCUCUUCUCCAGCAACCCCUCCCCAAAUACAAAAGGGCCCUGCCCUCUCCUGACUCCCCUUCUCUUGGAUCUCCACUGCCCCCUAGCUUCUCCAGGGCCAGGGCCAGGACAGGGCUCUGUGUGCCCAUGACAGUGUUAGUGCCAGUUGGCUGAGCUGCAGAAUGUGGUAAUUACCUUCUGAACGCUCCCUCCCCUCACCCCCUUGUCUUUUUGUUCGUGGUUUGAUGGUGGUGAAGGCAGGAGGGAAGAAAAGAGGGAGCAUGCUUUGGCACCCUGCACCCCGCCCCCACCUCCUGCCACUGCUCAAAUGGUGUCCAGAACAGCGUCUUGGGGAUUCUCAUCUAAGCCAACCUGGGCAGGGCAGGAACUGCCACCACCCUUGAGGGUGCCCUGUACCAGCCUAACCAGUUUGGACAUUGGAAAUUACCUAUUGCUGCUAUUUGUUCUCUCUUCUGACCUUGGGGUACAGGAGCCUAUAGGCUUAAUCCCCAGCAUCUUCCUUGGUGGCCCUGGGCAGGCAUACUGGCACUCCUCCCCCAUGGCUAUAGCUGGACUCCCAGCUGCCCACCCCUGCCCCCUAGCCCAUAUUUAUUCACUGACCUUGGCUACACUGAGGUCUGGAGCACAAGUCCCCACACACCUGCCAGCUUCUGUCCUAGCUAUCCUUUUCAGGGCUUACAUGAGGCAAGAAGACAGGUCUCUGGUCUAACCCAGCUCCCUGGUGAGGGUUAACAGCCCUCUUCAGCUCCAGGCAAAUGUUCAGUUUCACCUCCUUGGAGUCAGACACCCAGCAUCUCUGCCAGGUGUUUUUAUCAUCUCCUCCCAUCUGUCAAAGCCCUGGGCUUGUGCAUCUGGGGCCCACCACUUCCUGUUCGCUCACUGCCUGCCCCAGUGCCAGCCACUCCCCUAGUGAGGAUGUGUAAG